CCAUAUCUAAGGAUGGGCAACUGCAUGGAGACAUGCAUAAUGAGGCAAGAGAACAGAGAUGGCAAAGGAGAAGAUGUUGUAAAUAAAGAGGUUGGUUUAAGCGUUAAGAUAUUGUUAACUAAGAGAGAGCUUGAGUGGUUGAUGCUUAGUUUGAAGGAGAAAGGAGGGAGAAAUCUUGAGGAUGUGUUGAUGGAGAGUGGGAGAGAGAGGGAGAGAGAAGCAAGAGGGAGAAAUCAAGGGUGGGAACCAAGUUUGGAAAGCAUAAUAGAGAUCCCUGAGGCUCAGAGUUUUGAUUAUAAUGAGGAUUUGUAGACACGGUUAGCCUAGUCGAAAAGGUGGAGAGACAACUUGGAC